UCAACGUUGCCAGCGUGGAAUACGGACCGGCUUUCCAGGAAGUAAAUUGAGAUAGCUAGUGGUUCGGCAAGUACAUGAUCAGUGAAAUUCAUGAACUGUUGGACACGAUCGUAUAAAUAAUACUGCUACUAUAUUACCACUAUAGAGGGGACUCGAUCGGGAUAAUCUUCACCUCCCGACACCAUGGAACAAACAUAUAAGAUGAUUGUUGACCCCAUGCUUGCUGAAAUGGGUAAAAAUUUGAAUGAGGCCAUGAAGAUUCUUGAGGAUGGUCAAAGGGAGGUUGAAGAGAAACGGAGGUACAGCCGAAGGGACAUUCCAGGGCCUCUGCAAGGAGGUGGGCAAGAUGUCGCCAGCAUUCUCCAGUUGGUGCAAAACCUGAUGCAUGGAGAUGAGGAGGAAGAAAGUCAGGGUCAUCGCAGGAUGCAGAACGUGGGGGAGCAGGGUCACAUGGCCCUGCUAGGGCACAGCCUGGCGGCCUACAUCUCCGUGCUGGACAGAGAGCGGCUGAGGAAGCUAACCACUCGUAUCCUGUCAGACACCACACUCUGGCUCUGCCGGCUAUUCAGGUAUGAAAAUGGCUCCGCCUAUUACCACGAGGACGACCGGGAAGGGCUCAUAAAAGUGUGCCGUCUCGUCAUUCACUCCCGCUAUGAGGACUAUACCACUGAGGGCUUCACGGUGCUCAGCACCAAACAGCCUGUCGUCUACCAGAGUGCGGCAUGCCGACCAGGCCUGGGGCAGCACCUCUGCAGCCAGCUGGGUCUGCCUCUGUCCAGCCUCUGCACGGUACCCUGCAACACUAUGUUUGGUUCACAGCAUCAAAUGGACGUUGCCUUGUUGGACAGACUUAUUAAAGAUGACAUUGAUUCUGGGAAACUUCCGUUGCUGUUGAUAGCAAAUGCCGGAACACCGGGUGCAGGACACACUGACAAGCUGGGUCGUCUGAAAGAGCUGUGUGACCAGCACAGUAUGUGGCUCCAUGUGGAGGGAGUAAACCUGGCGACACUGGCUCUGGGCUACGUAACAGCCACUUCAUCAGUGAUGGCCGCUACCAAAUGUGACAGUAUGACCCUGACCCUGGGGCCCUGGCUGGGGCUUCCUGCUGUGCCUGCUGUUACACUGUACCGACACGAGGACCCAGCACUGUCUCUCGCUGCAGGUCUGACAUCCAGCCAGCCAGUGGAGAAGCUGCGUGCCCUGCCGCUAUGGCUGUCCCUGCAGUACCUUGGGCAUGAUGGGAUAGUGGAGAGGAUUAAGCAUGCCUCCCAGCUGAGUCAGAGACUCCUGGACCAUUUGAAGAAGCUGACCUCUAUAAAAACAUCAGGCGUGGUGUCGCGCUCCCGGGUUCCUCUAAUCUCCGGGGGCUCUCUGCGGGAUGUCCUGGGCUCUCUCAUACUGUCUAUUGUGGAGGAUGAGAUUAACUCUCCGGUGGUGGUGUUCAGGUUCUCACAAGAGACUAGUGAAGCAUCGAGCAGCGGCUCAGUACAGGGAUACAGCGGAGGUGACAGAGAGGUGCAAGAUGCCCUAAACAGAUGGCUUGGUGAGCAGUUGGCGCAUUUGGUGCCAGCCAGUGGGGUGGACGUGGUGGAGCUGGAGGAUGAGGGCACCUGUGUUAGGUUCAACCCCCUCAUGACAGCUGCAGUGCAGGGCACUCAGGAGGGGGAUGUGGAAACCCUGGUGGAGAAGUUGGGUCAGAUGGUGCCUCUUCUGAGCAGCACGUUACGCCUCAGACAGGACUUCAGGGAGGAGGUGUACCGCCAUGCGGCCCUCACCUACAUCGAGGACCUCAGCUGGCCUGGGCUGGGAAUCAUCAGGUAUGAGCCCAGCAGCGAUGAGCUUGAUGUCAGCAAAAGGCAGCAGGAGGUGGAGAAGAUCAACUGUAAUCUGCUGAAGAAACUGCAGGAGCUAGAAACAGACUUGACUUUCUCCACUGGACCUGAGUUUGGGGAGGAAAAACACUGUGUGUUCGUUGGCAUGGCAACGGAGGACCUUGAUGUGGCAGAGCUGGCAGAUACCAUUGCAGCUAUGGGGCGGGAAAUUGAGGAAAGUGGCAAGCUGUUAGAGAACAUGACAGAGGUGGUGCGGAAAGGUAUUUUGGAGGCUGAAUUGCAGCUCCAGAAAGCCAAUGAGGAAAAGCUUAUGGAGGAGGGUGUGCUGCGUCAGAUCCCACUGGUGGGCUCUGUACUUAACUGGUUCUCUCCAGUCCAGAGUUCUGUCAAAGGCAGGACCUUCAAUCUGGCUGCAGGCUCUUUGGACUCUACAGAUCAAACCUACUCUAUGAAGGUACAGGCAGUCAGAGGGACCCCUCCUGCCACCCCCACUUCCAGUGCCACCAAGCGACUGCCAGGUCAGAAGCUGUUCCGGCGCACUGGAGCAGGUUCUGACAUGCCCAGUGAGACCAGCUCUGUUGGCCAGCCAGAAGAGAUGGAGACGGAGUUGGUCCAGUGUCCAGCCCCAGAGGUCACCCCUGAGGUCCCCCCCGAGGUCACCCCUGAGGUCCCCCCCGAGGUCACCCCCGAGGUCACCCCCGAGGUCACCUCCGAGGUCACCCCCGAGGUCACCUCCGAGCCCACCGAGGAGCCUGUCCCAGAGCCCAUAGUGGAGCCAGGAACACAGCCUGAGGCCACACAGCCAGAGGUGGAGAGGCAGAUUGAGGAGAAACAGCCGGAGCUGGAGGUUCAAGAGACACAACAGGAAGUGUCUGUCAGAUAGGGGUACCCACAGGUGCGAGGCCAGGGGUGGGAGCAAGGAUGAGGCAGAACUCACACAGAUGUAUGGCCAGCAAUAGGCUCCCUUUUCUCACCAACUAGGAAGUAAGGAGAGAUGAGAAUUAAGCAGCUUAUAUGCAAGUUAAAAUUAUUGAUUAAAAUUGUGAUUUCAGUGUCAUAUAUGUAAAUAUAUAUAGUUUAAAACCAUCAUAGUUUAGGUUUUAUCACUGAGUUUAUGGUUAAACUACGUGAGGCUAAGCGUCAAAUGAACAUUUAUGGAUAAAGUGAGAUUUCUAUAAUAUGAAGAACAGAAAGUCACGUUCUUGGUCAGCCUCUAAGACCCUCUGGUGAGCACCAUGUUUCCGUAGUUAUGGUGUAAUUGACAUUAGCUAAGGGAUGAGAUGCACUGCUUUUGGUGCAUUCCCCAGAGUAGCAAAAGUGUGGUCAGUGCCAGUUGGGAAGUGAUUAGGGGUCAGUCAAUUUAUGGAACUAAAAAAAAACAAGGGAAUUUCGUUCUUAUUGCUGCUUGCUUCCCCUGCACUAACACUGUUCAUAGGCUUGGUUUAUAUAGCUUAUGAUCAGGAAAAAUUGCUUCAGAACCUUGGAUUCUGAUUUGAAGUUUUGCCUCCAUAUUCGAACUAAUUACAACCAAUUCACGGUGUUCCAAUGUAUUCAAAUAUAUAGUGAGCAGGUUUACCUUUUGAUGCAAGGUACCACUAUCCAAAGAUGCAUAAAGCCAACAGUGGGGUGAACAGAAGUAACCAAACAGCAGAAACCAAACACACUUACCGGAGCAAAUAUAAAAAGAUGUACUGCUCAGUUUCUAGCUUCAUUUUAAUUUUAAUGAGAAAAUUCUAUAUUACAUGUCAUUCAAAUUGCAAGAGAUUAUAAAUAUAGCUAUAACAUCAUAUAUUUUUCACUGCUAAUUUUAGAUAAUAGAAUAGUCAUUCUUCCAUACUCCUGCCGCUGUGUAACUAAAUCUAAUUAUUUCUGGCCACCUUUCUCUAUACUCCACAAAAUAUGAUAAUUCUUAGCAUUUACGUGCUAACCAGUAACAUGAGACACGUUUGAGCAGUCAGAUUGCAUUCUAGCACUGAUGAUCUGUGUAAAAGGUUGCUGUAGGAACAAGCAACUUCUUAAAUGUUGGCAAUUCAUAAAAAUGUUGAAUCAGAUUAUUUAUUUUCAGAUCUAGUCGAGAUGAAGAUUUUUCAGUAGUCUUUUAAAUAAAUGAUUUAAGUUUAUUUUCAGACACUGUGCCUGCAAUGAGAAGGCAGUUCGCGGGUGAGUUUCUUAGCUAGCUAUAUAGAUUGAAGCAGCUUGAUUUUAUGGACACUUGAGCCUUAUUGCACUAGGUUUGUUCUUUUUUUAAAUCUGUACAGAAUCAGUAACUUUAUUUAAUCACAAUGGCAGCAUUUCUUCCUUAGACCAUUAUUUAUUAGUAAUUAAUUUAUUUAUGCAAAUUUUGAUUUUAAAACGUCCAUGUGGUAAUCCAUAAUCCAAAAAAGAAUGGAUAAUGGAAAAAUAGGCAUUCCAAAUGUGAUUUUUGCUUUAUAAAAUUGAAUGCACCAUAUUCAUUGAACAUUUACUAAGUAUGUACUCAAUUGCAUCUUUAUCUCUCCUUCCUAUUUUUGUCUGGAUCCAGAAAUGUGUUUCCUCGUGACCAUGCCUUUGCUGUUGUGAAUCUGUUAUAACUCACCUGGAAUCAAGACUAUUACAGAAAUGAUAACCUCACACAAAAUCACAAAGGUUAAUGGUCUCUUUUAACUGCAGUACCCAGCCUUUCAAAUAAUCCAUGACAGAGCAGACAUCUUGGUACAGCCCAAGCCAAAGGUGGUUGAUUUCUGUAUGUCUUUGUAGUCAUUUACUUUGUUUCUGUCCUGACAAAUUGAUCCAGUCCUCUUGCAUUUUUGUUUUGUGGAGAGCAUUUACAUUAGCCUUUUAAAGUGGGCAGCCAACUGACCGUUCCAAUACACAUUUGCAUGCAGAAAGCAGUACUCAAAACUCUUGACAAGUCUUUAAGAUUUAUUGUGUGACUUUCUCACAUUCAGGUAAACGAUAUAUGGCAUAGGCUAAAACUUGGCUGUGUAAGCACAUCAGUUACUACUGCUGAGGUCUCAUACCAGAGACAUAAGAGGGGUGCCAUUCAAACAUGGAUGCACGUCAAGUGCAAUGGCAUUUAAACAUGGAUCUGGGUUAAGCUCACAGCAAUGUCUGCUCUCUGCACACUGAUACUCAAGACAGAUUUACAUGGAAUGUGAUUGGGUUUCAUGACAUUUUUUCUUUUAACGUAUAUUUCGGUUCAUUUUCCUUUAAGGAAGUGCAAUUUUUAAAGUACUUUCAGAUUUUGAGGGUCUUCCUUUUUAUACAUUUUAUGCUUUUGUAUGUUAGGUGCAAUGAAGAAUCCUUAUUUACACAGAAAAUAUCUUGCUGAUUUUAAUAUAUACUGUGAGUGUUUUAUUUGUCUUGAUAUUUUACUUUACAGCAUUUUUCUUGUUUAAAUAAUCUUGUCCAAACCUAUGAUUGUUGUAGUGUUGUUUAUACAUUUGUAAUUUAUUUCUUCCCAAAGCUCUUUAAGAACCAGUGCCCUUGAAAAUGUUAUUUUGAAAGAGAGAGAACUACUGGAAUCCAGUUAAUUGAAUUAAACUGCAGCUUAAACUGUA